AUGGAUCCUAAUCAUUUUCAUUAUCAACAAGCUAUGUUCAAUUACAUGUCAAAUUAUCAAAAUCCUAAUCCUCAAAAUUCUCAAUUUCCAUCUGUGCCAACAAACCCCGCCAUAUUUUUUCCGAAAACACCGAUUGGGUUUAUGUCCGGAUGUCAAGUUCCACCAGUUUCUACUCAAGUUGGUACUGAAAAAGAAGAAAGGGUUGUCGUUAAAAAAAAUCUCGAGAGCAAUUUACAAGGGAUGAAGAUAUACUGCUUAUCCAAUCAUGGCUCAAUGUUUCAAAGGAUCCAAUUGUGGGAGUUGAUCAAAAAGCUGAGAGUUUUUGGUUAA